AUGGCAGCCAUCACCGGGGACCAGGUGGCUGUGUAUGAUCGCCAGCUUCGCCUUUGGGGUGUCCAAGCACAGCAAAGGCUACUCAACGCCAAGGUCCUGAUCUGGGGCCUCGAGGGUAGCAAUGUGGAAGCCUGCAAGAACUUGGUGCUGGCAGGAAUUUCGCUGACCUUGAGGGAUCACCGUACAGUUGGAGCCGCGGACGUCGGUUGUGACCUCAGCAGAAUGAGUGCACAAGACUACUCGGAGUGGAUCGGGAAAGGUCCGUCUUGGUCGUGGACCGCGCCAAACGGAGGGGUUGUGAGGGGAUCGCCGGUCAUAGAUUCCAAGGGUGACAUCUACCAGUCAACCAUUGAUGGUGAAGUCUUCAAAUUCUCACGGACAGGCGAUGUCUUAUGGAACUUCACUACAUCUGGAAUUUCGUUGCCCGGUAACCCGGUGCUCAUGGAAGGUGUCCUGUACACAAUUCGCGUGGAUGGUCAGAUGACUGCUAUAAAUUCCGAUGACGGGAAGCUUCUGUGGCAGACCAGGGCUUGUGGCAUGGCAAGUGGAGAUACCCACAGUAUUAUUGCCGGUGAAGGUUUGGUGCUCGCUUCAUGCUUGGAGAUACGGGAUGCCAAGAUAAACGCAGCAACGACCGUUGUUGCAUGCAAUGCGACAAGUGGAGCCGUGCUUUGGAAGUUCCGUCCAGACAUGCUCAUGUAUAAUUGGAUUGGAUCCAUUCAGAACGGAUCUGUUCUCUUCUCUGACACGCUGGGGGCCAUCUACCGACUCCUUCUCAGGGACGGCUCCGUUGUUUGGAAGAUACCCGCUCCAAGCUCGCCUGCAGGGUCGACCGGGGGCUUGACAGGUGCUAGCAACGGACUGGCCUACGUGAGCAGCAACAUGCAAGGGCAGAACACGCCGACGGGCACUGGAUUAGUGUCAGCGUACUCAGUAGAAGAUGGUCGGCUUGUGUGGCGACGGGCCUUCCCCAAGUUUCCGGCCAAUUCUGGCCAGGUGCUGGACCUGGACUCCUUUGACAACAGUCCGGAUCAUCGUCAUCCCUCCAAGGUAGUGGCUUUGGAUCUGCUUGAUGGCCACACUCUGUGGGAAUACGACUUGCCUGACUGGCACGGAGGAGAUGGCGCCGUUUUUGUGGCUGGUAUGUCAGGGAAGGUCUACCGCUUUUAUGACCAGAACGGAGAUGGGGAGAAAGGAGUUACCUUCACGCACAGCGUUUCUAGCUUCGACCAUUCGGAUGCAGGCUUCAACUACUUCCUUCGGCCGGAGGACCUGGGACAGUCAAGGGCCACUUGCGCCUCGAAGAGGGUUCAAGAGAUGAACCCGCUCUGUACUGUCUCUUGCAGCAGCGAUCGGGCAGAGACCGGCAGCGACGAAGCAAAGCUUAAGGAUCUUGUGAAGGGCUUUGACAUUGUUAUCGUUGGCUUGAGCGUGCUGGGCUACGACUUCGAGCUUGCGUCCAGCCUGGAUGCGGCGUGCAGAAGCUUAGGUGCAGGCUUUAUUCUGACUGUCGCAGCGGGCGAGAUAGCCUUCUUCUUCUCAGAUCAAAACGAGCAUGUUAUGCAGGAGCGAAGUUCAGCCCAAGGCGCAGCAGAAUCAGCAGGACCUCAGGACCCAGAGAACUUCAGCUUCCCUCCAUUCAGUCAUUUCUUGAGCGGCAUACCGCGAAUGCUGCAUGGGAAGUGCGAUGCCUCUUUCAAGCUCAUUGGCCUCUUUGCGUCUUUCCUCCGAAGUGGAGGCAAAGCAACGCCCAGUGCCGCAUCGGACUUCGAGGCCCACUGCCGAGACACUGUGAAGUGUCAGCCAUCUGUUGAUGGCAUACCAUCUAUGAAGGAGGUCUUUGGCCACUUCUUCGUGGAGCCACUCAUUCAUGUGGCCUCGGUGCUCGGCGGGCUCUUGUCCCAGGAGGUCAUCAAGGCCAUAACGCGAAAAGAUCCGCCUCUUGUCAACAGCGUUUGCUUCAAUGCCUACACCAGCGCCGCACUGGUGGAGCUCCUGCCGGAGGCACCCCCUGCGCCAAAGAAGCGAAAAUCCGUGGAGGAAGUCGCCGAGUUGCUGGACGACUGA